CUGAAACAUGAGUGUGCAACUUUAGCUUCCAUUCGUCUGUCCCGGAAACGAUCGCGAAAGUGACGACAACUGUUGUUGAACCUACGUAUUACUUAAAGUACUUGAUUAUAGAGUUGAUCUCUCGUUUGCUGUUCAUUGGUCUGGAACGGAGAUCUAUCGAGCAACGGAAAAUUUAGCUCACUUCAGUUCAGAACACCGUGAGAUUUAGAUAAGCUGAAAUGAAGACAUUAUCGGUGAUCAUCUUGGGAGCGUGGUUGGUGCAUCUGGGUGGAGUUAUGAGUUCCAUGACCUUCGAGGACAUGCAGGAAACGGCCAAGAUGAUGCGAGGUAUUUGUCAACCCAAAUAUGGCAUUCCGGAUGAUGUUGCGGAAAAUGCAUCUAGUGGAGUUUUUCCAGACAGUAGAGAGUUUAAGUGUUACGCUUCAUGCUUGAUGGAUCUCACACAUACUGCAAAACGCGGCAAGUUGAACUACGAAGCUGCUGUUAAGCAAAUAACGAUGCUACCUGAUGAUUUUAGAGAACCAUUUCGUGUUGGACUGGAUUCUUGUAGGAACGCCGCUGAUGGGAUUGAUGACUAUUGUGAGGUGGCUUACACUCUUUUGAAGUGUUUCUUCAAGGCUAGUCCUAAAUUUUUCUUUCCUUAAAAAAGCAAAGCAAACCAACAGACCGGUUUCUUUUUUAUUUUGA